AAAAGCGCCAUUGCGGCCAGAUUAUCGUGUUUUCUUUUCACAUUGAAGCCAUACAUCCAGUUACGUUAGUUUCAAGAUUCAGUGUUCUGGGAGAGUUAAUCCACACUCUACGAACUGAUCCAAUCUUAGUUUUUUCCUUAACCAAAUCAAAGAUGGAGACCCGGUCCCAAGAGGACCAAGAGGACUCUCCCGUGGCCAAGGUGAAGCUCAUCACCGUUUCGUUGGGCCGAUGGCAACUAUUCUUGCCAGAAGAGCCGGAUUUGCACAUCCAUGGCCAGCCCUUCCUGGCCUUGACCAUGAUGUACCAAUCUGAGACGCACGAAUACGUCUGGCGGGUUCUCGGACGACUCGUCGAAGCCGGACAAGUCAGCAGUUAUGGGGAAAUUUUUGACAAAUGUCAUCACUUGUUUAACAGUGGUCAGCCGUGUUUGGGCAGGAAAUCGCCGGAUGCUCAGUUCCCAAUAUCUUGCCAGUUUUCUCCCAAAUGUUCCAUUAUGAUCCCCAAAACCAGUAGUGGAACAGCUUGCUCAGCCUGUUUGCAAUCCUGGAACGAUUCCGUUCAAUCACGGCCAGAUAUUCUAAAUGUGGCCGCAGACGUGAUCUAUGAUGAUGCUUCCAAAACUCUGGCCGCUUUAAGGCAAAGUCAUCCUCGCCAAGAGGUUUGGCCUUGUCACAUGUGCUCGGCCGAAGUGCCCUUGGCUGAUAUGAAAUGUCAUCUGGAAAAGUCGCACUUGUUGAGCCAGUUUGUUUGCUUCCAUUGCGAUGAUCGGUUUGUGGAUGGUAAGGAUCUGUCUUUACACACCCUUCAAAAGCAUCCGGAAAUUCAAGAGCUUUGCUGCCCAUCGUGUCCGGCCAAUAUCCCCAUAGACGGCGACAUUGAUAGCCUCACCAAUCAUUUUCGUCUAUGCUUUGGCCACAUGAGUCGGGUUCGGGAGCAGGAUCUCAGAGGUCGAAUCGUGUUUGAGUGCCAAAUUUGUGAGUCGUUGUUUGAUUCGAAAUUUUUGUUUGAGGAACACAUCACCGAAUGCCUAGCCUCCAAGCCAAGAGCUGAAAUUGGCAGUAAUAGACAACUUAUGAAAAGGGCUUAUCCCACUAAGAAUCCCAUGACUGUAUCUUCCAAGUCAACGGUUGCAUUGCUAUCUAUGCUCAAGAACCAUCAAUCAAAGGACUAUGAGAAUGGUCCAUCCCAAGUUAGCACAUGUUCAGAGUGUUCCAAGAAGAUCAAUGCCAAGUUCUUGUCCCGACAUCUCAUGUUUCAUCACCGUAUCGGGGAUUACAAGUGCAGUUCAUGUUCAUUGACCUUUCGGCGGGCCGAGGAACUUGCUUUUCAUGCCUCUCACGCUCACCCUUUCCAUACGUAUCAAUUUUGUCCAAAUUGUAACAAGAAAGUGGUCACUUGCGAUGAAAGACAAAGUCUCAUUGAUCAUGUGGAAACUUGUCAUAAAAUCAUAUUCUUGCCCAAUAUGAAAGGUGAGCGUGUGCCGUUUGCGGGCACCAUUUGCGCAGAUUGUGGGCACAUUUAUCGCAAUAAGGCCGACCAGGAUCGACAUCAAUUUCACGGUUGCAACCUAGGAGUGUUCCCAAUAAAACGAAGAAAAUUAGGGCCCGACUCAUCAAAACCGCAAUAUCCAUCCUUGCAUCAAAAUGACACUUUUCAUGUAAAUAUUGAGCCCUGUCCCAAUUUGGACCCUUUAAAAGAAGUGGACGAGGAACACUCUAUCUUCCUGAAAUCGGAACCAAUUGAUGUAACUGAUGACCUGGUAGGUGCAGUCAAGGAGGAGCCUCCCCCUCAGCAUUCGACCCAAGAUCCAUUUGUGCCAAAUGAACGAACCCAAGUAGUGACUCUCUCACGUGAAGCUCUAGUGCUUCAAAAACGAGGACCCGUUGCUCCCUCAGGGUCAGCGUCAUCGGCGAGGGUUGAGUGCCGCAUUUGCUUCAGGAAGCUGACCUCCCGAAUCUUACCCAAGCACAAAAUGUUUCGCCACAAACUGGGCCAAUUCGCUUGUUCAAAAUGCUGUGUCACAUUCGAGACCGCGGGACAAUUGACGGAGCAUGCCACCGCCGUGCAUCCCGAGGCGUCCGAGUUGCAAUGUCCUAAUUGCAAGCGAAACAUUGCCAUUGGAAUCGACCGGAAAGGCCUUGAGAACCACAUUGACACUUGUCAUAAGCUCAAAUUUCUUUGGGAUCACGAGGCCCACGGACAUAUUCAGUACGUUGGGCGUGGUUGCAUGGACUGCGGGGCAAGUUUUCGAAACGUGGAACAACUGAAGGUUCAUGAAGAAAAGGAUGUUUGCGCUUCUGGCGAGGAUGCAUCAGAGCGACGGAAACGAUACGUUCAAGAUUUAAUCCAAGGACGGAAACGGGAGCGGGAAUCGUCUUUACCCCAUCUAAUCUGCGACCAUUGUGGUGACACAUUCGUUGAUGAGGUAAAGCUGAAGUAUCACCAAAGAAGUCGACAUUCCGUCAAUCCGCUCGUGUGUAGUUCUUGCGCUAAGGAAUUUUCGAAUAAGACCAAGCUCCAGUAUCACUUCAAUCGUUAUCAUUCGACAUGUGACGAGUUCGAUUGCAAAGAUUGUUCAUUCAGAGGAGGCAGUGUUGCUUCUCUCAGAGAUCACCGAUUGAUUCACGGACCCCCAACAUUUAUGUGCCCCACGUGUGGGAAGAGGUUUAAAUUAUCCCACAAUUUGACACUUCACAUGCGGAUUCAUACUGGAGAGAAGCCUUACAAGUGUGAUUUAUGCGACUAUAAGACUGCUAUUGGAUGUAACCUAGCAUCCCAUAAGAAAUUUGUUCACGAAAAACUACCCAGAGGAAAGAAAACCGCGAAUGAAAACUUACGGAACAAGACCAAGAAGAAGCUAAGGAGUUCAGACUUAUGAAAGUCAAACGAGUUUAGAUCUGAAAUUAUGUCAUUGAAGAACAAGAAGCAGUAUAAUUGCAAUAAUGGCCGUCAGAGAGCAUUAAAACAAUAAUGACUCGUCGACAGGAACUAAGAACUAGAGACGGCCAAAAUAUGCAAAAAGGUCCAUUUCAUGAACCAAAAUAUGCAUGAAAGCCAGUCAAAAUAAGGUUCUGCAUGUUGUUAUACAUAUUUUAGGUUUUAGCACAUAUUUGUAUGCUUAACUUGACCUGCUUUCGUGCAUAUUCUGUGUCAUAGAAUGUUCCUUUUUUUGCUUAUUUUGGCCGUCUCUAAAUUGAUGUAUAAAAAUUUAUUUUCAAUCUCUUCCAGUGCCAAUGGUCAGAUCGUUUCACAUUGUCUGACGUAGUUAAGAAACUUGAAAUCUCUAUGAAACAUACAGCAAAACCAAGCUAAAGAGACUUCCGACUUGGAGUGCAAAAAUAAAUUUUAUGUCAAAAGAACCAA